GAUCUCAAGAGCUAUAAAGGCUUUCUCUGCCCAUUUGGAACUGCUGAGGACAGCCGCCAGAGUCUGUGUUCCAGGUCUCCUGACGCCAUGGGCACGAGAUACUUCCUGGUCGGGUUUCUCAUCCUCCUGGUGUUGGGGUUCGAGGCCCAAGGGGCCCAUGUUCCCCAGCAAGACGAGGCCUCCAGCCCUGCCCUGCUCACCCAGGUGCAGGAGUCCCUCUUAGGUUACUGGGAUACAGCCAAGGCAGCCGCCCAGAAGCUGUACAAGAAGACAUACCUGCCCACCGUGGAUGAGAAAAUCAGGGACAUAUAUAGCAAAAGCACGGCCGCUGUGACCACCUAUGCAGGGAUUAUCACUGACCAGGUCUUUUCUAUGCUGUCAGGAGAAGAUUGACAGCUGGGCCCCCAAUCACGGGGGAGUCCAGGCUCCAGCAGCCCCCUGGGUCCCCUGAUCUACACCCCUCCCCACUUCCUUGCAACUCUCAGCAUCCUGUUCCCAAUUCUAGCCUGACUUAUCAAUAAUAAUAAUAAAGCCAAGUUUAUUCUU